AGCCGAGCGCAGGCGUGGCCGGAGGAGCGCGGGGACCGGGAGCACGGGCUCUACAGCCUGCACCGCAUGUUCGACAUCGUGGGCACGCACCUCACGCACCGCGACGUGCGGGUCCUCUCCUUCCUCUUCGUGGACGUGAUCGACGACUACGAGCGGGGCAUGAUCCGCAGCGGGCGGGAUUUCCUGCUGGCGCUGGAGCGCCAGGGCCGCUGCGACGAGACCAACUUCCGCCAGGUCCUGCAGCUCCUGCGCAUCAUCACGCGCCACGACCUGCUCCCCUACGUCACCCUCAAGCGCCGGCGCGCCGUGUGCCCGGACCUGGUGGACAAGUACCUGGAGGAGACGUCCAUUCGCUACGUGACGCCGCGAGCGCACAGCGACGUGGAGCACGGCCUCGGCCACCCCCAGAAAUCAG